GCCCUUCUAGGGAAUCAGCCGUCGUCGUCGAUGAUGAUGUCCCCUGCACUCACUGUGGCCUCACAUGUUGGUGUGAUGGUGAUGAAAUACUGCUAUGCGAUGGACCGGGAUGUUCCAACGCAUACCAUCUGAGAUGCACUCGACCGAUACUCCAGUCGGUGCCGACUACCACGUGGUACUGUCCAUCGUGCACUUCGGAGCAGUCGAAUACUAUUUCGGUGACCGAGGAGGAACCAAGUGAUGACAUGGAUGUAGCUUGUGAAGAAUGCCACAUUCGAUGGUGGGACGAGGGGAACGAAAUAAUCCUCUGUGCGCGGUACGAAUCCCACGGCUGUCGUGUGGGGUGUCAUCUUAAAUGCCAUCGGCCGAAGCUCAUUGAAAUACCAAAGGGUGACUGGUUUUGCGCCGAACAUGCUCCUGGUGGAGGAGCUCGGCCAAAUACGGAGCGAACAGUCACCGUCCAUCUGCCCCCAGGGGCAAAAGGGACGUGUUUGAAACCCAGUCGGGCGUGGUUAAAAGGCCAUUGUGGAGAUGCAGGGCAACCCAUCUGGGAUGCUGGUUUCAUGAACGAGUGCACCAUAUGUGGUCAGUGGUUCUCGCGAGGUGGCUACCUCGAGCAUGCGAAGUGUGACACUCCCAUAAAGCCAACUGAUGGCAACCGCUUGGCGAACGGUGAGAUGACGAAUUCACUCGUUGAGUGGGAACCAGGAUACCCCGGGUACCCUGGUA